ACUUUUGCUAAAAUGACUAACCCUGCGAGGAAGCAAAUGAAAAUACCAAGACUAUUUCGAAAACAAGCUGCACGUCUACCUGAAGAUUGCGAAGAGUUGAAUGAAGAAAUACAACAACUUGAGCAGAAGCUCAAAGAUAAACAAAUGGAACUGUUCCAAGUGCAAAGGGAAAGUUACAAAUCGAAAUUAAAACCUAAAACAAAGAAAACUGACCAAUUUAUUCGUCCAGAUACAAUCAUGGCGCAAAACCACAUAGACUCGCUGGAGAGGAAUCUGGAGCUGAUGGAGAUGCUGACAGGGAUGGUGGUCAAGUCCUAUGAGGCCAAUGACCACUGUGUUGUUGGCUACACCAUGCAACAUCAGUCUGUGCAUAAGGUGGAACACGGUCUAAGGAUCAAUAUGAAGGAUGGAAACAAUUCAGUAUCAAAGUUUUCUUUGCCUCUCGGCUUCAACUUUAAUGCUGUUGUGGAGGAGUUUGAGAACAUUCUGACACCUGAAUGCUUGGGCUCUCUGAGGAAGGCGUUAGUGGCGUAUUAUGACAGGAUUGAGCAGUUUGAGGCAUUGAAGAAGCUGCUGUCAAUAGAAGCGCAACUGUUCAAGGUGAUGGACGGCACCCACGUGGAGGUGUCCUUCAAGGCGCGUACUCAUGAUGAGGAGGAGCCGAGCGUGGCCGUGGAGCUGCUGCUGGACUACCGGGUCUACGACACCAGGCCCAAGGUCAUCAGCGUCAAGGAUACUGGUUUACCUGAAGGAGUAGCAGACACAUUGCGGGACCAAUGUUACAUCUUCAAGAAGAAACCGUUGGAUGUUGCCUUCAAGGAGUGCUUCCUGGAUGGAAUUGGACCGUACAACUUUGUUCAGCAAUUGUGCCGCCGCGAAGCCGAUCAGCCCCCGCGGCCCAAGCGGCGGCGCCCGCAGCGGUACGACCCCAACAACGACGACACGUUCGUGCCCGAGGACUGCUCCGAGCCCAGCGAGGACGAGGACGAGCGCCGGUUGAGAGACGUCUCCAUCAAAAUAUACCAAGAACGAGCACGCAGGUACUCGAGAUCCCCGACCUACACGCACGCUUGGCAGCAACUCCGUCACAAACAUGUUUGUAAUCAUUUGUUUCUUAGAAGGUACAAUAUCGUCAGGUCAGGGUAGUCAUAUCGUCUGCCCUGUAAUGUACAGAGCCGUCACCAAUAACUGGCGUCGUCAACAAUAGACGGCUCUGGGACAUAGUUUGACAAGUAAGUUAUCUUACAGGUAAUUAAUAUUAAUAAACAAACUUUAAAUUAUUCAUAGAACUUUUAUUUCAAAUAAAAAUAAAAAAAGAUUUUAUACACCUUUCAUUCAUUUUCUCCAAGCCUACAACUUUCUUUACAAGAUCUAACCACAGUCAUGUCAAUUUGGGUUAUACCUACUACUUAUCUAUAUUUUAAGAAGCAUUUAGAUAAGGAAGAUAUUUUUACACAAUUAUAAAAUCUAAGUUAUGUGUGCGUAUUUGUUAUACGGCUACUAUCG